AUGGCUACCGGUCCUCUGCCUCCUCCAAUACCCUCAUCUCUCAUCUCCUCCUCCUCCUCAAACAGCCAUUCUACUUCUUCUUCACGUUCAAAACUGCCCCCACUUCUCUCGCCUUCUCCAUUGCCUCCUCGUCAUGUUUAUCAGCAGCAGCAGCAGCAGGCACAGAGUAAAAAACGAAGAGAGUUGUUGUUGAAAGGAGGACUUGGUCUGCUUCCUCUUGCUCUGGUUGAGUCAAUAUUGAAAGAGCCACUUACUGUGCCGUCAGCAGAAGCUAAGGAGGCGGUGGUGGGCUCCUACCUCCCACCCUCACCUUCCGACUCUUCCUUCGUUCUCUUCAAAGCCUCUGCCAAAGACACUCCCGCUCUUCGCGCAGGAAAUGUGCAGCCUUACCAGUUCAUUAUUCCUCCAACCUGGAAACAGAUGCGUGUAGCGAACAUUUUAUCUGGUAAUUACUGCCAGCCAAAGUGUGCAGAGCCCUGGGUGGAGGUAAAAUUUGAAGACGAAAAACAGGGAAAACUUCAGGUUGUGGCUUCACCUUUGAUACGCCUGACGAAUAAACCCAAUGCAACAAUUGAAGAUAUUGGCAACCCUGAGAAGGUGAUUGCUUCUCUUGGCCCUUUUGUUACAGGAAACACAUAUGAUCCAGAUGAGCUUCUUGAGACAACAGUUGAAAAGCGCGGCGAUCUGACGUACUACAAGUAUGCGCUGGAGACCCCGUUUGCUCUUACAGGUUCUCACAAUCUUGCAAAGGCAACAGCCAAGGGAAACACUGUUGUAUUAUUUGUGGUAAGUGCAAGUGACAAGCAAUGGCAAGCUUCUCAGAAGAUUCUAAAAGCCAUGCUUGAUUCCUUUCAAGUGUAG